GACGCAUUUUCGGAUUAAGAUAAACACUGUCUCGCGUGUGGUUCAUCUUCAAGCUCGGAAACCCAUCUGCAGUUCUUGAUCGACGCGCCACUCUGUACUCAGAUGCUUUCGCUGCGGGUUGCGUCUCCUCAGCUCUUGGUCCGCGAAGGGUCCGAAGUUUCCAAGAGAAGAGCCCACUUCGCGGCGGUGCGUGCGGUGGAGAAUGACUCGAAGCAGUUCGAGGUGGACCAAGACAAGGCUCGCGAAGCCCUUCAGCAGCUCGACCAGCAGCUUCAGACACUGUCCCAGAAACGAACCCCUUCCCCAAAAGUUAAGGCUUCAGAUGUGAAGCUGACGAGUGACCAAAUGACAGGAGAAGUCGGGGUGGAGAUUUCGGGAUCUUUCCUAUCGUACGCAGCUGGUGGUCUCCUGCUCUUCACCUUCCUCUACAACCUGUUGUUCUACGCCGUCAUCAAACCUUCCAUCGAUGGACCGGACUCUCCCUUGGAAACUCCCAUCACAACACUAGCUUCAGAAGCUGCGGAUUCACCCCAGUCAUCGCCACCACUGCUCGAAACUCCUUAAUACAUUCGCGGCAACGCGAUCCGGUGCCAUCGGCGAAACCGCAGUUAGCUGAGUUACUUUCAAAACGCACGAGAUUGAUAAAUUAGGCAAGCAUCACACCUCCAGGCUUUUGUGGAAAAAGCACGUUCGGUGUUUGACUUUUGUUCACUCCUUUGUCGAGCGAAAGAUCUUCCUACAGAGAAAUAAUUUACUGUUCCAUUUCUGAGGUC